CUCUUCACUCGCAAUACAUUUUACAUGCACAAACAACAGACACAGUUGCGCAGGUUGUUUGUCUAUAAACUUUUGAAACACUGUUGUUGAUCUUGUUCCAUAAUUACAUUGCUUUCUUCAUUCAUUCGCUGUCUCAGAUCGGUGUCUCAUUCUUAUAUGGUUCUGAUCAAGGUUCAUAUGAUUGAAGAUUUGAAUAUGUUGGUUUAAGUCUUUUGGUGGUGAAAGGUUAUAUGAAAUAUGGAGUGAACUCUUUCGUAACUGCUUGCUUAACAUCAAAAUAAUGGGGUCUCAAGUUAUCAGUGACAAUAAUAAUGAAAACCAUUCGCCAUUCCAGCCUUUGGCGCGGCAAAAUUCAAUGUACAAUCUUACCCUCGAUGAAGUUCAGAGUCAAUUAGGUGACUUGGGAAAGCCGCUAAGUAGUAUGAACCUAGACGAGCUUCUGAAAAACGUAUGGACUGUCGAGGCAAACCAGACCGUUCAAAUGGACAACGCGAACACAGCUCAAGCCGGACAAGUUGUUUUGCAACAGCAACCUAAUAUGUCCUUAAGCGGUGCGUUAAGCAAGAAAACAGUUGACGAGGUUUGGAGAGAUAUCCAACAAAGCAAAGACCAUGAGGAGGUGAUGUCUCGAGAGAGACAAUCUACUUUGGGAGAGAUGACAUUAGAGGAUUUUUUGGUGAAAGCAGGCGUUGUUACGGUUGCAUCUCCUAAUGGAAAGAACACUAACAGUCCUAAAGUCGACACUGUUGACUCAAACCUAGCGUUACCGCAGUUCGUUCCGCAUGGUCCGUGGAUGCAGCAGUAUGCACGGCCACAUUUUCAGCAUCCACAACAAAAUGUGAUGCCAACUUAUGUUCCAAGCCAGAUGUUAGCACAGCCGUUGCACAUGGUGGCCGGUUCUCCAUUGGAUGUUGUUCCAUAUGCAGAUGGUCAGGUGGGACUGGCUUCGGCUUCGCCUGCGAUGGGAAACUUAUCGGAUUCCAAGAAGUCAGGUCGCAAAAGGGGCUUACCAGAGGAUGUAGCUGAGAGGACAGUCGAGAGGAAGCAGAAAAGGAUGAUCAAGAAUCGUGAAUCCGCCGCCCGUUCAAGAGCUAGGAAACAGGCCUACACAACUGAAUUGGAGAUCAAAGUGACGCGUCUGGAAGAGGAAAAUGAAAAGCUGAGGAAAGAAAAGGAACUUUCGGACAUGAUAGCGAAUGCUCCACAGCCCGAGCCUAAAUGUCAGCUUCGCCGUGUAUCUUCGGCUUCGUUCUGAGAAAUGUGUCUAUAUGUAGAGCAUUGUAGAUAUGAACAUCAUGGGAUAUGGUCAUUUACCUAGCUGUUUGUUGCAUUUGUAUUCAAUGGUUUAUUUAUUAUUAUGAUCAACUUGGUUUAUAAUUAUUUCAGAGCAACUGUAGUUUUCCCAUUUAUUGUUGAAACUUUUCGUAAUGCCAUGGUCUUUUCUCAAA